AUGAUCAAGUGCUUCGAGGCUAAUUAUCCCGAAUGCUUGGGAGUUGUGCUUAUCCACAAAGCCCCUUGGAUCUUCUCAGGAAUUUGGAAUAUCAUUAAGGGCUGGCUUGAUCCCGUUGUUGCAUCCAAGAUCAACUUCACCAAGAAUAUCUCAGACCUUGAGAAAUUCAUCCCCAAGGAUCGCAUUUAUAAGGAACUUGAGGGCGACGAGAACUGGGAAUACAGCUAUGUAGAGCCCAAGGCCGAUGAAAAUAAGACGAUGGAAGAUACGGCCAAGCGAGAUGAGUUGGUCAAGGAAAGACAACAACUUGCCCAAGAACUUCAAGAUGCUACGAUUGAGUGGAUCACGGUCAGCAGGAAGAAGGAUGAGGAGGCCAUCAAGGCAGCGGUGGAGAAGAGACAGGCCCUCAUUGAGCGAUUGAGGGCUCAAUACUGGCAGCUCGACCCGUACAUUCGCGCUACCUCGCUGUAUGACAGACUGAACAUUCUUCAAGGCGGUGGCAAAAUUGAUUUCUAUCCGGCUGAAGCCAAAGUGAACGGAGCUGCUACGAAUGGGACUACCACGAACGGUGCCACGAAUGGCACAUCCAACUAG